AUGGUCGAACCAUCUGGCGAACGGGUCGGAUUUCGUCUGAGCAAGAAAUGGAAGAGAUUCGUGAAGCCGUAUGCCCCGUUCAGGAGGGUUUAUAGGACCCCGUCAAAGUGUCCCGAGCACACGGUGCCAUACCUAAACCGAGAACAGCUAAUAAGCACGGGAUACUACCCGAACUCUACGCAAAACAGCGUGCCUGGCCAGAGGUCCUUUCAUGUGUUUCUUUUGGUCAAGGGUACCAUAUUAUUCAGCUCAAUAUUAUACGCCGCUUCUGAAUCCCUGGACGACAUUGUGGAAUUGGGACGGGAUCUCGCGUUCAUAAUAGCGUCGUUUUUCAUAUAUUUCAAGUAUAUAUAUUUCCUGCUGUAUGCCGAUAACGUGGACGAGGUAAUCGAUGGCCUCGAGGAGUGCUACCGUUGGGAGAGAGCGGGCCCGGCUGCUGCAGGAGUGCGAUCGGCAAAGCGCUUGCAUUAUCUGAUUGUCAUCGGAAUGCAAAUAAUUUGGGUGGUUUCCAUGAUCAUUUUUAUAGUGCUAUUAAUUUCGACGCCAUUUUUGACACAACAGGAGUUGCCGUUCCAUGCAGCCCAUUCGUUUUACUUGCACGAUCCUUUGAGGCAUCCGAGAAUACACAUUCUCAUCUACUUAUCACAAUCUUUCGACAUUCUAUACUACCUCACGUGGCUGACCGUUACCGAGGUCAUGUCCGUGUCCAUUUAA